CUGACAACACUGCGCUAUUGUGGUUUUGACGUCUAUUUGACAGUUUUCAAAUGAGGAACUGAAAUUGUUAUUACGCGUCCCUUUGGAAAAAAAAGUAAUUUUUCGAAAUAUUUUGUGAAUGUUGGAGCUCACGUAACGGGAUCCAAACAAUUUGAAGCGAAUUUUCAUCCGGUCGCCGUCACAUUUUCUACAUUUUUGUUCGGUGUAUCAAACAACGCCAUGGCUGCAAUUGAAAUACCGCUCCGCGAUACCGACGAGGUUAUCGAAUUAGAUCCGGAACAAUUGCCCGAUGGCGACGAAGUGCUGGGUAUACUGAGACAGGAACGUUCGCAAAUCAACACCUGGGUCAACGUUGCCGUCGCAUACUACAAGCAAAACAAAACGCAAGAGUUUGUGAAAAUUCUCGAUUGCGCCCGUACCGAAGGCAACAUCGACUACCGCGAUUUCGAGAAAGAUCAGAUGCGAGCGUACGAUAUGCUGGCUGCCUAUUAUGUCCAGGAGGCGAAUCGUGAGAAGUCCAAAGACAAGAAACGCGAACUGUUCACCAAGGCUACGCAUCUGUACACAACGGCUGAUAAGAUCAUCAUGUACGAUCAGAACCAUUUGCUGGGCCGAGCGUAUUUCUGCCUGUUGGAAGGCGACAAAAUGGACCAGGCCGAUGCGCAGUUCAAUUUCGUGUUGAAUCAGUGUCCGUCGAACAUACCGUCACUGUUGGGCAAGGCUUGCAUUGCGUUCAACAAGAAGGAUUUCCGGGGCGCGCUGGCUUUCUACAAGAAAGCUUUGCGAACGAAUCCGAAUUGUCCGGCAGCGGUUCGGUUGGGAAUGGGUCACUGCUUUCUGAAGAUGGGACAUCAUGAAAAGGCUAGAUUGGCAUUCGAGCGGGCUAAACAGUUGGAUGGGAAUUGUGUCGGUGCUUUGGUCGGUCUGGCCAUUUCGCAAUUGAAUUUGCAUGAACCGGAAGCGAAUCGUUUGGGCGUGCAAAUGUUGUCCAAAGCUUACACCGUCGAUUCCACCAAUCCGAUGGUGCUGAACCAUCUGGCCAAUCAUUUCUUCUUCAAGAAAGACUACCAGAAGGUGCAACACUUGGCGUUGCACGCUUUCCACAACACAGAGAAUGAGGCGAUGCGAGCGGAAAGUUGCUACCAAUUGGCUCGCUCCUUCCACGUCCAGAGAGAUUAUGACCAGGCGUUCCAGUAUUACUAUCAGUCGACACAGUUUGCGCCCACAAAUUUCGUUUUGCCGCACUACGGACUGGGACAGAUGUACAUUUAUCGCGGUGACACUGAGAACGCUGCCCAAUGUUUCGAGAAGGUUCUGAAAGCCCAGCCGGGCAAUUACGAGACAAUGAAAAUUCUCGGCUCGCUGUACGCCAAUUCCAAUUCCCAAUCGAAACGCGACCUGGCCAAGACCCAUCUGAAGAAGGUCACCGAACAGUUUCCGGACGAUGUGGAAGCAUGGAUCGAAUACGCUCAGAUCCUGGAACAAAACGAUUUGGUCGGUUCGUUGCAGGCGUACGCAACGGCAACGCACAUCCUGGCCGAUAAGGUGAACACCGAAAUUCCGCCGGAAAUUCUGAACAAUGUGGCCGCAUUGCAUUACCGGCUGGAUUCGUUGCAAGAGGCCAAAAGUAAACUGGAAAUGGCAUUGGAUCGGGCCAAAGUCGAGGCCCAAUCGGAUCCGUAUUACGAUUCGAUUGCCGUCACGAUGACGUACAAUUUGGCGCGGUUGAACGAGGCCAUGUGCUGUUUCGACAAGGCGGACAAACUGUACAAGGACAUUCUGAAGGAACAUCCGAAUUACAUCGAUUGCUACCUGCGACUCGGCUGUAUGGCAAGGGACAAGGGGCUGAUUUUUGUCGCGUCGGAUUUCUUCAAGGACGCACUGAAGAUCAACACGGAGAAUCCGGACACGAGAUCUCUGCUGGGCAAUCUACAUUUGGCUAAAAUGCAGUUCAUUCUGGGUCAGAAGAACUUCGAAACCAUUUUAAAGAAUCCGUCCACAUCGACCGACGCAUAUUCGCUGAUCGCAUUGGGUAACUUCUGGCUGCAAACACUACAUCAGAGCAAUAAGGACAAGGACAAGGAGAAGAAACACCAAGAGAAAGCACUCGCGAUCUAUCGACAGGUUCUGCGGAACGAUCCGAAAAAUAUCUGGGCAACGAACGGUAUCGGUGCCGUACUGGCGCACAAAGGUUGUUUCAUCGAAGCGCGUGACAUAUUCGCCCAGGUGCGUGAAGCGACCGCCGAUUUCAGUGAUGUUUGGCUGAACAUCGCUCACAUUUACGUGGAACAGAAGCAGUACGUGGGCGGCAUUCAAAUGUACGAGAACUGUUUGAAGAAGUUCUACAAGCACAACAACGUCGAAGUGAUGCAGUACCUGGCCAGGGCUUAUUUCCGUGCCGGUAAACUGAAGGAAGCCAAAAUGACGCUCUUGAAAGCGAGACGAGUUGCACCGCAAGAUACGUUGCUUCUGUUCAACAUCGCACUGGUGCUGCAGCGUUUGGCUAUGCAAAUAUUGAAAGACGAAAAAUCCGUUCUGGAAGUGGUGCUACAGGCCGUUCAUGAACUGGGCUUGGCGCAUAAAUACUUUACCUACCUUGCGACGCACGGUGACAAAACGCGUUUCAAUGUCGAACUGGCCACUGCCGAGGCCAGCCAGUGUUCGGAUUUACUAACGCAAGCUCAACAUCACGUGAUAACAGCACGACAGAUCGAUAUGGAGGAACGGCAAAUUCGCCAGAAACAGGAAGACGAUCGUGCCGCAUUCAAACGGUUACAGGAGGAAGAGCGGAAACGUUUGGAAGAAGAACGGAAUCGCACGAAGGAGGAAUUGCUGCUUAAGCGGCAAGAGUACAUGGAGAAGACGAAGAAUGCAUUGCUGUUCUCGGAGUCAUUUGCGGAGAAGAAGAAAGGAAGCGGUAGACCACGUAAGGGUGCUGACUAUGUGUCCGAUUCGGGUGGCAGUGGUGGAAGUGAUACACGAGCCGAAGAAUUCGACAAGAAGAAGCGACAGAAGAAGGAGAAAUCGUCGGUACGACGUCGACGCGAAAAGCAGGGCAACGACAGUGAUAGUGAUGCACCGCGUGAGAAACGUGGUCGCAAGAAGAAGGAACCGAAACCGAAAAAGGAGAAGAAAGACAAGGGACUCACACAGAAGCAGAACAGCCGGAUCGUGUCCAAAGCGACCAUAUCAACCAGCGAGUCGGACAGUGACAACGAUAAGCUCAAAAUUGCCAGCGACGAUGACAGCGACGACGGUCCAUCCAAACCGAAACGCAUUGUGUCGGAUGAUGAGUCCGGUUCUGGUUCGCAGCGAUCCAGAUCCAGGUCUCGAGCAGCAAGCCGAUCAAAGUCACGCAGUCGAUCAUCGAGCAGCCGAUCGAGUGGAUCGGCCAGAAGUGCCUCACGUUCAAAAUCGAGGUCCCGAUCGAAGUCGCAUUCUCGUUCGAAGUCACGUUCCAAGUCUCGUUCCAAGUCUCGUUCGAAGUCUCGGUCAAAGUCACGUUCGAAGUCACGUUCGAGAUCAAAAUCCGGAUCAAGAAGUUCACGAUCGCGAUCAUCAUCCAAAAGCCAUUCGGAAUGAUUUUCGUCUUCGGCUGAUUUCAUUAUUCCGGUUUCCCAGCUUGACAUAGUUACACGACCCAUUGUAUCAUUUUGAAUUAAUCAAAUAAACAAAAAUUGGAGCAGAAAAA